AUGGCGCCUCCUGCUGCUGCUUUGGCGCCUCCUUCUCCUCCGCCGCCCGCGGCGACGCUGGUGCUGACCAACCGGUCGCUGUUCCGCCUCGUCAUGGACUUCGUGGACGGCGUGCCGGGCUUCGUCGUGGCGCUGGUGACGGACUUCGAACGCGCGCACCGCGGCGUCCCCUGGUCCGCCACUGGUGCGCUGCCCCGCUCCGCCAUCCAGCACGGGGACGUGGAAACGCUGCGCCACCUGAGGAGGCUGUCGACCACCAAGCGCUUCCAGGCGCGGCCGGAGCUGGCGUUCGACGGGGCCACGCGCUGCGCCAUCCAGUUCGGCCAAUUGGCGGUUCUCGAGUACUUGGGCGACACGGGGAUGCUGCUCGGAGACGACAAUAGCGGGGAGAACCUAACUAGUAGAACGGUGGGGGGAACGCUGAUGGGGUGGGCCGUCAGGUACUCGGAGGCGUUGAAGUCGCCGCUGAAGCUGGAGAUCGUGCAGUGGGUGGCGGACAAGUACUCGCGGUCGGCGCUGAGAGACGUGAAGGCCGAGGAUUUGAGUCGCGCGGGGAUCCCAGUGUUGCGGUUUCUGAAGGAACGGAGGCUGGCCACGAGUGGGUUUGAAGACCCGCGGUUGGUGGACUUGGUGGCUACGAUGGGGAAGAUGGAGACGCUGACGUUCUUGUUGGAACCGAGGGAGGAAGGGAGACGGGUGAAAUGCACGUCGGACGCGAUGGAUGGAGCGGCGGCCAAUGGGCAUUUGGAGAUUGUGUGGUAUCUGCAUACCCAGAGGACGGAGGGCUGCACCGUUGCGGCGAUGGACGGUGCGGCACGGAAUGGACACAUGGAGGUGGUGCAGUUCUUGCAUUCGGAGAGGAAGGAGGGCUGCACGGUGGCGGCUAUGGAUGGAGCUGCGCGCAACGGACACCUUGAGAUGGUGAAGUUUUUGCAUACCAACCGGACAGAGGGGUGUACG